CUUGUGAUGGUUGGCGCAAUAAUCAAAUCGCAACAGGAUGCUAUCUCGACGCGGAGCAGCCGUGGCACGCCGCUGGCACAUGCAUGCUCGAUGCAUGUCUUCACAGGAUACCAUCUACGCGCUUUCUUCUGCCGAAGGUCGGUCAGGUGUUGCCGUCAUACGCAUCUCUGGCCCCAUGGCAGACCAAUGCUUGCUUCAAAUGACCACGUCCAAGCUACCGUCACCACGAAUGGCCGUACGACGAGAUCUUAAGCAUCCAUCUACCAAGGAACUUUUGGACACUGCUGUGGCGAUUCGGUUUCUUGGCCCAAAGAGUUUCACAGGGGAAGACAGCGUCGAGUUGUACGUGCACGGAAGUCGUCCUGUGAUCUCUGGCGUGUUGCAAGCCCUCGGCACCCUUCCCAGCUACCGCGCCGCCGAGGCUGGAGAGUUCACGGAACGGGCCUUUGAGAACCAAAAGAUGGACUUGAUGCAGGUCGAAGGCCUCGCAGAUCUCCUCCAUUCCGAGACAGAAGCCCAGCGGUCGCAAGCGUUGGCCCAAAUUUCUGGCACCAUCGGUCAAGUGUACGACGACUGGCGGCGCAGCAUCAUGCAGUGUCUGGCGCACUCGGAAGCGUUGAUCGAUUUUGGCGAAGACGAGGACGACGUCACAGACGACGCGUACAUUGCCGUGAUUCAGUCGGUCCGUGACCUCAAUGCAUCCAUCCAGCGGCAUCUCCAAGAUGGCCGGCGCGGCGAGAUUCUCCGACACGGCGUCCAUGUGGUCAUCCUUGGCUCGCCCAAUGCCGGCAAGUCCAGUCUGCUCAACCUCCUCGCACAACGAGACGCGGCGAUCGUGUCGCCCAUUGCCGGCACGACGCGCGAUAUCGUUCAAGUGCCGCUCAACUUGGCGGGGUACCCCGUCGUCUUGCACGACACAGCCGGCAUCCGCGAUACGUCGGACGUGAUCGAACGGGAAGGCGUCCAUCGCGCGCUUCGAUGCAACGACGCGUCGCAGCUCAAGCUUGUGGUCGUGGACGUCCAGGACGGCGCGGUGGACGCGGCGCUCCUGGCGCUCGUCGAUGCCAGCACCAUCGUCGUGCUCAACAAAGUCGACACCGCUCAACCGUCAGCGGCUCUAUUGAACGUAUGAAAACUCAAUCCAACUACUCCCAACCCAGCGUUUAAAUGAGGACUUUUAUGUUUGAGUAGGCGGUGGCCCACGCCCCAGUGGUCUGCGCCUUGUCGUGCGCCAGUGGCGAUGGCGUCGAUGGGUUGUUGGCAACGCUGGAGCAGCGUGUGCGAGGCGUCUUCUCGUCAGAGGCGACCGACGGAACCCAUGCGAUCAUCACGCGGGAGCGGCACCGGCAGCACCUCCACGCGUGCAUAAGCCACUUGGACUCGUUUCUGGCCAACCCCCAUCAGGCGGAAUUGGCGGCGGAAGAGCUGCGGCAUGCCGUGGCAUGCAUCGGGCGCAUUGUCGGGCGGGUCGACGUCGAAGACAUUUUAGACGUGCUGUUUGCCGACUUUUGUAUCGGCAAGUAAACACUUGCAUACGACCAAGAUGAUAGUUAUUUCAAAGAAACAAAAGUGUAAACUCGAUCGUAACCUUGGUGCAAACAAGUUCCCACGUU